ACCCGCGAGGAGGAGCCCCCCAGGCCCGACGCGCGGGUUCGAGCGCGCCGCCCCGCACCAUGCCCCGCAUAGAUGCGGACCUCAAGCUCGACUUCAAGGAUGUCCUGCUCCGACCGAAGCGGAGCAGCCUCAGGAGCCGAGCCGAGGUGGACCUAGAGCGUACCUUCACUUUCCGUAACUCGAAGCAGACCUACUCAGGGAUUCCCAUCAUUGUGGCCAACAUGGACACCGUGGGGACGUUUGAGAUGGCAGCUGUGAUGGCUCGGCACUCCAUGUUUACAGCGAUCCACAAGCACUACACCCUGGACGACUGGAAGCGCUUUGCCACAGAUCACCCGGAGUGCCUCCAGCACGUAGCCGUGAGCUCGGGCAGUGGGCAGAAUGACCUGGAGAAGAUGAGCCGCAUCCUGGAAGCCGUGCCCCAAGUCAGGUUCAUCUGCCUGGAUGUGGCCAACGGGUAUUCGGAACAUUUUGUGGAAUUCGUGAAACUCGUCCGAGCCAAGUUCCCCGAACACACCAUCAUGGCAGGGAACGUGGUGACAGGAGAGAUGGUAGAAGAGCUUAUUCUUUCCGGAGCAGAUGUCAUCAAGGUGGGAGUGGGACCAGGUUCUGUGUGCACCACCCGGACCAAGACAGGGGUGGGCUACCCCCAGCUGAGCGCCGUGAUCGAGUGUGCAGACUCCGCCCACGGCCUCAAGGGCCACAUCAUCUCGGACGGAGGCUGCACGUGUCCAGGAGAUGUCGCCAAAGCCUUUGGAGCUGGAGCCGAUUUUGUCAUGCUGGGAGGGAUGUUUUCGGGCCACACCGAGUGUGCCGGGGAGGUGAUCGAGAGGAACGGACAGAAGCUCAAGCUCUUCUACGGGAUGAGCUCUGACACGGCCAUGAAGAAGCACGCGGGGGGAGUUGCCGAGUACAGGGCCUCCGAGGGCAAGACCGUGGAAGUGCCUUACAGAGGGGACGUGGAGAACACCAUCCUGGAUAUUCUCGGGGGGCUGAGGUCCACCUGCACCUACGUGGGAGCCGCCAAGCUCAAAGAGCUCAGCCGGAGGGCCACCUUCAUCCGGGUGACGCAGCAGCACAACACCGCCUUCAGCUAGCCCUCAGAGCUUCUGUGCACACCUGCUUCCCAGGGCCCCCAUCUGUCACCCAGGGCUCCACUGUGCUCUGAUUGGUGGACGCUCGACCUUGCUCCUCCCCCUGCCGCCUGGAGGCCCGGUGUCCCUAGUGCCUUCUUGGGGCCCAGAACGCUGGGCCCUGGUUGAGCCAGCAAUCAGAGCUCAUCACCUCAUUGUUAAAGCCAACCCCGGCACCUCUUCUCCCUUUCCUCCCUCCUUUCUCUCUCAUUCUUUUUUUUUUUUUAAGAAAUUGGUUUCAUUUUAAUAUAAUGCUGUUAUCUUAAGACUUGA